AUGGCGACCCAUGAAGGACUGUUGAGGAGAUUGAGUAGUACGAUCGAACCUCCUUCUGCAGGAAUUCUCAUAAUCGGUGAUGAAAUCCUUAAGGGUCACACGCAAGACUCUAAUUCCCAUUUCUUGUUAAAGCGAUUAUGGUCCCUGGGUGUAAAAGUUAAAGCGGUUUCAGUUGUUCCAGACGACAUAGAGGAAAUAGCAUCUCAAGUUCGUGAUUUUAGCUCACGUUUUAACUUUGUUCUCACGUCGGGUGGAAUUGGGCCAACACACGAUGAUGUGACAAUGGCAGCAAUUGCUAGGGCAUUUAAUGAACCAUUGGUUCAAAAUAAAUGUUUAACUGAAGUGUUGGUAAACCUUUACAACGUUCACGAUGCUUCUCAAUUAAACAAAUUUGUUUUGAAAAUGGCUUUAAUUCCUGAAGCAAGUGAAGUGAAGCGAGACCUUGAAAAUCCUGCAAAUACAUUCCCUCUAAUUUCUUUGCAAAAUGUUUAUAUAUUUCCAGGCGUGCCCAAAUACUUACGAUCACAAUUUGAUCAAUUUUCAAAAGUUUUUUCAAAUGAGGAAAACAUGUUUUAUCUACAAAAGUUUUAUUUAUCCGUUGAAGAAUCAACCAUUGCAGAAGAACUUCAACAGGUUCAUGAUAAGUAUGGAAAUAAGGUUCAUCUUGGAUCUUAUCCCGAAGUAGGGCAUAGCAAAUUUAAAACUAAACUAACUUUAGAAUCAUUAAAACCUAAAAUAUUAGAACAGGCCUCAGAAUACUUAAAGACAUUGCUACCAGAUAAUGCAGUUGUAUCAGUUGAGGCUUUUUCUUCAGGAACUGAAAUGAGCAAAGGUGAUGUUCAAAUCAAACCUGAUUACUUUUUUCUCAAGGAAAUAGAUUCACUUUUGUCAAGCACAGAAUUCAGUAAUCAAAAUGCAUGUGUGCUCAGUGCUUGGGCUAUUUUACAGGAAACCUUAAGAAGGUACACUUUGGAUGAAAUAUGCAUUAGUUUCAAUGGUGGUAAGGAUUGCACAGUUCUCUUGGCAUUGUAUUAUGCUGCUGUGGUAGCCAAAUAUCCCUCAUUUGAUGGAAAAUUAAACAUGUUAUAUGUGCAAGAGGAGGAUCCAUUUCCUGAAGCUGAAGAGUUUAUUGUGAAAUGCACUGAGAUUUAUAACUUGCGCAUUAUUAAAUUCAAGUCAAAGAUAAAAGAUGCUUUAGCACACCUACAGAUAGCACAUCCUACUAUCAUUGCAAUCCUAAUGGGAACAAGAAAGAAUGAUCCAUAUGGUGAAAAAUUAAACCUAUUCUCUCCAACUGAUCCUGGAUGGCCACAAUACAUGAGAAUAAAUCCAGUACUCACUUGGCACUAUUCUGAUGUGUGGUCAAUAUUGCUAAAAUGCAAGAUACCCUAUUUAUCAUUAUAUGACCAGGGAUAUACAUCUAUUGGCAGCCAAUGCAAUACAAAACAGAACCCAGCUCUUAAAAUAGAAAAUGGACUGUAUAAACCAGCGUACUUGCUGGAAGAUGAAAGCAAGGAAAGAGAUGGAAGAAUUUGACCAAAACACUUUAAUCAGUCCUCAGGAAUUGUUUAUGCAAGAAAUGGCUGAUAUAUUGACAUUUUUAUCAGUCAUUCACUUUGCUCUAAUAAUUCAUGAAGCAUUACAAGAUUUACAACAACACUGAUUUAUAUGCAUUACAUACAUUCAUCAUUAAACUACUAUUUGUCUCAAAAAUCUGCUAUUUGUUAGAUUGCAAACAUAUAAUAUUUUACAAAAUGCUGUUGUACAUAAUCAACAUUGAAAGUUUGUAUUUUGUAAGUUGAUUCUAUAUCCAGUGUGAAAGAACAUAUGAUUUUUGUGAA